AUGGCCAUAGGUAUUGGGGUUCUGAAUCAGUUCAAUGGCAAUGAUCCUUCGACCAUAAUCGCGAUUGGUACGUUGGACGCAUUGAGUGCUGGUAUACUUCUUUAUGUGGGAUUGGUCGAGAUGUUGGCGCACGACUGGAUGCAUGGAGAGCUGAGUAGAGCACCGAUGAGGCAUGUCGUUCCGGCCGGUGUCAGUUUGGUUGCCGGGUUGGUGCUGAUGAGCGUGCUUGGUAAAUGGGCGUAG